GUACAGUUUCAACAGAACCAUGGAGUCACAGACACAGACUCCAUGACAGAACUUGGUACUCUUACAAAUUAUUCAACCCAUAAAGGGGAUUAUUUGCACUUGCCGUGUCGACAUUCCUAUCGAUGGCGGAAAGUUGUUUGAAUCUUUUCGGCUCAUCUCUUCGUUACCCCCUUGAAGUUUAUCACAAGAUUCUUGCUACCGUUUUGAAAAGCUGGAGAAAUGGAAGAUCAGGAGAUAGAUGUCGAAGAAAACGUUCAGGAGCCAGAUGUUGAAGAAAAUACUAGUGCACCACUGCCUAUUGUAGGGCAGUCAUUUGAUUCAUGGACAGAUGCGGAGAGGUGCCUUAACUCCUAUGCAAAGAAGAAUUGUUUCCAAUGGACUACUGACACUUCAACAUCCAUUAAAAAUGAAAAUAAGAAGCUGACUGGGCGGGGUGAAACAGUCCUCUACAAUGAAGCACUUGUGCACAAAAACAUUGUGCUAACAUGUGUGUCAGGGGGAAAAAAGAGAAUUAACCAGGGAACAGGACAGCGAAACUUUCAGGCAACCUGGAAAGUCGAUUGUCCAGUAAUGGUGCACCUUAUUGCCAACAAGACGGCCUUAGUUGUGAAAAAAAUUAUAACUCAGCAUAACCACACAUGUGACCAAGCUUACUUUAAAGCUUUGCCUAAAACUAGGCGUUCUAACUUAAACGAUGAUAAGGCCACAUCAACAGCAAAGCUUCUCUUCAAAGGUGGGGUCAAACCCUCUGUCGUGAGAUCAGUAUUGAGGGACAUGGGAUGUGGUGAAGUUACUCAGCGGGACUUGGCAAAUCUGAGAGCAAAAUUUAAAAGAGAGGGUCGUAAGGGGAAGACUCCCGAAGAACUGCUGUGUGAUACUCUUCAAGAGCUUCUUGAUACCGAUCCCGAGGCUCAUAUUCGUGUAGGAAGAAAUGAAGACAAUGAAUUGGAGUUUCUAUUCAUCCAGACCUCUGGCAUGCGCAAGACAAUGCAAGAGUUUGGCACUGUGCUUCUGAUGGAUCACACUUACAAAAUAAACUCCAGGCGUAUGCCUGUGAGUGUGUUCAUGACGAUGGAUGGGCAUGGUGAUGGCAGGCCUGUUGGCUAUGCAUUUAUUGCGAAUGAACGAUCUGAGACCAUCGCCAAUGUGCUCCAGUCAUUCAAAACGUCAAUUGGUGCUGAAUGUGCUUCAAAAAUCAAAACUGUCAUUAUUGACAAAGAUUAUUCUGAGGCAAAAGCCAUAAAGAAUGUGCUACCAGAUGCCAACAUCCAGCUCUGCGAUUUUCAUGUGUCCCGCACAUUCAAGACUAGGGCCAAGAAGGAAGAUCCUAAAGUCCUCGUGCUAAUCAACUCUCUACGAUAUUGCAGCAGUGAAGAGUUCCCUGGUAUAGUUGCAGAACUAGAAAAUAUUGCCUCUGAAGAAUUUUUUGAUAAAUUCAAGAAAGACUGGUUAAAUUGUAAGCUAGCUUGGUGCUUCAGGGACAAACAGAAAUCUUUAAAUUUGGGAAACAACACUAACAAUCGUUUGGAAAACCACAAUUCCAAAAUAAAGAUGAUGUUGAACCAAGAUAAUGAACUCCAUGAAGCUAUUCAAAAUCUCAUCAAAAUGGUCAAAAAUAAAGAAGAUGAUGUUUUCUUUAGAAAUACUGUUGAAAGUGCCAAGCAGCAUUAUUGUACCAAGAACAGUGACCCUGUUGUAAACACUAUUUUGAAUGACAUGACUAAAUUUUCUGCAAAAUUAAUGAUCUGGGAGCUUCAACAGACUGUGACUGAAGCAGAGAUGGCAAAGUUGAAACCUUCCACCAAAGAUUGCCAGUGUACACAUUGGUGCAGUUUCAAUUUGCCCUGUAGGCAUAUUUUUCAUCAAAGAAGAUUGGCUGAUUGUCAACUUUACUGCAAGGAUGAGAUUAACCCAAUGUGGCUGCAGGGAUAUGAGUCAAGAUCUGAAGAUACCACACCACAUUCCCAGAAUAUAAGUACUGUGGUUGUGCCUUCAAAAAUGAUGCCUCAUAAUGCAAAAGACCGCUACACACAUUCAAUGACUCUCCUCCGCAAAAUAGGAAAUUUAAUGUCGGAGUCUGGUGAGCGUCAGUAUGCUGAACGCUAUUCUUUCCUAGAGAAUGUCUUUGAACUUUGGGCUUCAGGCAAAGAAACAGUCGCUCUAGAAAUUAUGCAGGCUCAUGAUACCAACCUGUUACUUCAGACAACAGAAAAUCAUGCAUGCCAAGAAAAUGCUGAAAAUGCUGAAAAUAAUUUGAGUGGAGAAACUGUAGGUCCUGAAAAUGCUUUUGGAUUUGAAGCAACUGAAUUAAAUUCCAACGAAGAGAGGGUAGCCCCUAUUAAUGACUUGUUUCAGCAAAUUGCUGAACAUAGCAAUACAAGCUCAAUCAACAUAGUCCAUACCUCUGCUCAAAUUCAUGGCAAGCCUGAUAACAAUCUCCCGCAAAAAAAUGUGACUGCAAUUAAGGCACACAAAGCAACUGAAUUAUAUUCCAACGAAGAGAGGGUAGCCCCUAUUAAUGACUUGUUUCAGCGAAUUGCUGAGCGUAGAAAUGCAAGCUCAAUCAACAUGGUCCAUACCUCUGCUCAAAUUCAUGGCAAGCCUGAUAACAAUCUCCCGCAAAAAAAUGUGACUGCAACUAAGGUACACAGAGCUGUAGCACAGGAUUUGGAUAGUAUUACACCAGCAGAUGGUAGUGAUUGUGGAAAUGAUUCAAGAAGGGAAAGUGCAAGGACACGGAUAGAAAACUUUAAGUCUGUCUUUAUGGAGCCUGUAAACCAAUCUUCUUCCCAGCAGAACCCUUCAAAGAAUGCUUUAAUGUCAUAUGAUGGAGAAUGUAUAAACCAUUCUAGUUCCCAGACUUUUGUCCCCAUCCCCCAGGUCAAAAUGUGUUGGUGUAAACUGUCUUGUAAAAGGGCUGUUGCUGGGCCUUCACACAAAAUGGCUGGAAGGUCAUUCUGGGUAUGCCCCUUAGGAAAGUGUGGUUUUAGGACACUUGCUCCUAAAGUUACUGAGGACAGUAGUGUUAAAGUUGCUGAGGACAACAAUGCUAAUAAUGAUAAAAGUACACCAAACACUUUAGAAAUUCCCAUUGAUUAUGAGGUUGAUAGUGGAACAGAGAGCCUAGCCAUGCUUGUGUCGCUUAUUAAUUCACAGUCUUGGAAUGAUUGUGAAUUUGAUGAAUGUGACCAAAACGCAGCUGUAGCGGAACUAGAACAGAGCGAAAAUAAUACUGAAAAUAGUACAGCUCAUGAAACCAACCAUGAGGAAAUGUCAGACAAUUCACAAAUUCUUGAUUACAAUGCAGUCUCUGAGAUCAACACUAAAAAUUUGUCACAAGCACAAAUGGACAUCUCUCAGGCCAUUGCUGGCGUUAAACUUCCGCUGGCUAUAAAACACAGAGGCAGGCCUGAAGGUCUUGGAAAAACUGUGUGGGACUGGCCCAAAGGAAAGAAGGGACCAAUUCUCAAAAAACCAUCUGCUGCAAGGCUUAUUUCCUCUGUCCCUCAGAAUGAGGAAGAGGACCGCAAGAAGAAAGGGCUGUUAAUUAGUGACUUGGACGUUAAGCAAUUUGAUGAAGAGGGAAAUGUUUGGACUGUCCGGAGCCAAGGGAAGAAGACUAAAGGAAGUACUUACAAAGUAUCCAAAGAUGGUAAUGGUUUGUGGGUUUGUGAGUGUGAAGAUCACAAACGCCGACACAUCACUUGCAAGCACAUAUACAAAAUCAUGGCUUUUGUGAAAAAAACAAGUUCCUCUACUACUGUUAGUCUGACUCUCUCUUCACACACUGGUAACCAAUGCAUGUUCAUUUUUGCUCUCGCCUCGUGGUCACAGUGUUCAAUGCAGAGUCAGAAAUGAAGUAGCUGACUCCUUGGUAGUAAUAACAUUUCUGCUUAUGCUCUAACACCUUAAAUGUAAUUGCCUUAAUUAUGCUUUAUUUUUAUUUGCUUAGCCCUCCUCUCCUUUGGUGUUUAACUAAAAGUUUGGCGUGUGAACACUGUAAUUUAUUUCAUAUGAUUUCAGUUCCAAAUUGUACUUGUUGUGGUCAAAUCUGUUUCCAUGUAAAUAUUUGGCAAACUUUUUUUUUUAAAUCCUGUAUCUUGAUUCUUACUUUAAACAUUUUAAUUUGUUGCUUGCUUUUUUCUCAUGGUAAACUUUUUUUUGUGAACAUGUUUGCCAAAUAUUUUUAUUUCUGUAAUUGAUGAAGCAUUUCAAAGUCAACAUCACAACUAUGAUGGCAAUGCCUUUUGAGAGAUUCAAGGUUAGUCUCUGAUUAAGUACUUCUUAUAUUAAGCAGGGUGUUAUGUUCUUUGCUAGGUUUCCUUUAGAUCUGCUGUCAGUGCGGUGAAUUUGAUUAUUCCCCAAUAGGCAAUGUCGAAUAGUGCCACCCACUAAUUAUUAAUGUGUGGUUUACCUCAAAGAUAGUUGUGAAACUGUGUUCUUGACGUAACUUGGUCAUAACAAAUCAACAUGGAGGUACUUUGAACUCAGUUUUAUCUCUUACCUGCUGUAUUUUAACUUUUUUUGGUCUAUAGAUGCUGGCAGUGACAAGGAAGAUGGAAAACUUUUUUGCUGUAAGUGUGGUGAGGAGGCAGGGGGUGGCCACAGGUGCUCGGUAUGCAAAAGUGCUGUGCAUGGUAUUGAGCCGUGUUCGGUGGCUGCUCCAGGCGCAGAAGAGGGGUACGGCCAGCCUAGAGUUUGUGGGUGUUGCAGUGGAGGCACCAAACGAAGGUCUGCUGACGUCUCUCAAAUAAGCUGCUCACAGAUUUCGUGUUUGCCUUGUCUUUUAGGCAAGGCAACAACGGGAAAACUCCAAUGUUCAAUAUGUGACAAGCAACUUCAUGACACAGUUGAGUGUUGUCGCAUAGAGGAUGGACAGCGCUUUUGCAGGGACUGCUCAAAAGGAACUACCCCUUCUAAGGUAUCCAGACAAGGCAGGAGUCUUGUAAAGAAAAAAUUAUUUUCGCCCCAGUAAGUUUUGCAAUAGCAUUUAAUGAUCUACCCUUUUAGUGUCUUGUGAUUUGUAUGCUUCUGCAGCCAAUAUUUCAUCAUAUGCAAGUUUUUGUUGCCCAAAUGUUUUAACGGUUUUAAAUUUCUUGUUUGUGCUUGUUUAGCGCUUACUUUUUAUUAUCUUUUGCUUUGAAUGCUUCUACAGCUAAUAUUUGCAAGUUGAUGUUGCUUCAAUCUUUUAACAGUUUAAAAUUUCUUUGAUUUGUUUGUGCUUGCUUUGCGCAUACUUUUCAGUGUCUUUUGCUUUGAAUGCUUCUGCAGCCAAUUUUUGCAAGUUUAUCUAUGUUGCUACAAUGUUUCAACAGUUUUAAAUUACUUUUUAAAAUAAACAAUACACCUGAA